AUGCAGGAAAUCCAGAACGUGGCAAGGGAGUAUAUCAAUGAUGAAGAAGUCAGCCAGGUAGUGGCAGCCAACAAGCAGCAGCCCACCUAUAACCAGCCUCGACAGCACGGCAACCGAGAGAGGCUUAAGGAACACUCCAAGGACGGAGUCCCGGCCAAAAACUCCAGACCAUUUCCCCCGGGUUGGCAAGUUCACCAAUUAUACCCCCUAGCCGCCCCAAUUGUGGAGGUCUAUCAACAAAUAGCUGAUAAAGGUAUCCUGUCAAAGCCCCGACCUCUCAAGGACAAGACCGAGGGAAACAAGAACCUUUAUUGUGAUUACCAUAAGGGAUUCGGUCAUAAGACCCAAGACUGUUUUGAUCUGAAAGACGCCUUGGAACAGGCGAUCCGAGAUGGAAAGCUGGCGGAACUAUCCCAUCUCAUAAGAGAGCCGAGAAUGCGAGAUAGAGAUCGGCCCGAGGACAAGGACAAAGCUGUGAGGCAAAGAAGAAAACCAGAGGAGGAUAGCAAACGUGGACUCACGGUGGUGAACGUCGUAGUCGGAAGGGAUGUUGCCCCCAGAUCGAGGUCGGCGUGCAGAAAGGACGCCAAAGUCUUAGCAAUAUCCUCGUCUAGCACCGCACCUCCCCCCGGGAAAGUACCGCUAAUCUCGUUUGGACCUGAAGACCAGUGGACUGAAGGCAUGCCAGAAAACCCUCCUAUGGUGAUCAUGGUCAGGGUUGGAACCGGGCUGGUAAAGCGAAUCCUGGUGGACACCGGCGCGGAUUCGAACAUCAUGUUCCGUAAUGUAUUUGAUGCCCUAGGUCUGCGAGAUACCGACCUGAAAACCCACCAACACGGUGUGGUCGGUCUUGGAGACCACUUCAUCAAGUCGGAUAGAAUAAUUUCUUUACCGAUUUCCAUAGGCAGAGGUCCAGUGAGGAGGACCGUAAUGGCGGAGUUCAUUGUCCUAAGGGACUUCACAGCCUAUAAUAUCAUAAUGGGAAGAGAAACCAUCAAUGAUCUCAGAGCAAUAAUCUACACUAAGUUACUGGUAAUGAAGUUUGUUGCUGAUAAUGGGUCGAUUGGAUCCAUCAAGGGAGACUUGGAAACGGCGGUCGCAUGCGACAAUGCCAGCCUCUCCCUAAGGAAGAAAUCAAAGGAGGCAGUCAGGGUCUUCUUAGCCAACCUGGAUGCAAGAGUUAAAGAGAAACCGAGGCCAAAGCCUAAGGGAGACCUCGAGAAAAUCAGAGUCGGCGACUCUGAGGCCAGGUUCACCUUCGUGAACAGGAACCUCCCUCAUGAAGUAAAAGAGCCACUGGUGGAAGUGAUUCGAAAAAACGGCGACCUAUUUGCAUGGACACCAGCCGACAUGCCGGGUAUUGAUCCCAGGGUCAUGUCGCAUCACCUAGCGGUGAGAGUCGAUGCCAAGCCAGUAGCAUAG